AUGGCCGACAAUCAUCCUCGCCUCGAUAACCUCCGCAGUACGGCCCAGCUUCUCAAAGAAGCUACCGCCUCCUUCACAUCUAAUCUCUUCACCUUCCUUUUCCUUUCCCUUCUCAUCCUCUCCUUCCGCGUUGUCGUUGAAAAUGGCACCCAAUAUGUCACCUCCUUCAUCGACCGCGACCCUUCUCUUAAGGCUCUUCUUUCUCGCCUUGACAUUGCAGGGGAGCAACGCCUCCUCCAGUCCCCCGAGGACCCUGCCAUGUCUGGGGCUGUCGCCCAUCGCCAACGUCGCCAGCGUCGCCGGCCUUUUCUGCAUCUUACCCGCGUCGGAACCCUAGGUGACGAUAUCUUCUCCGGAGAUGGGGAUGACGAGCGUAGCCUCUUAGGGACCAAUCGGAAUCACCUACCUAACGCCAGUUUCGUGUUUUUUACCCAAUUCAGUUCGAUCUCAGGGUUCUCAGAUCUGGUCGUUGACGAUGGAAUUAGGGUUUCGGAAGUUGUUCAUCCGGGGGUGGGAUUCAAGGAUAUGAGUUCAUCUUUUGCUAAUGAUAAGGAAACUGCUGAUGAUCAGGAAGAAAACGAUAGAAGACUUGGAGAGGAAAAUGUUCAUCAGGAUAUGGAUAGGCUUGUAGAUUUGCAAUUUUUCGUCAAAGGAUUGGAACUUGGUCGUCGGGACGCCGCAGCGCUGUUCUUCUUUGUGAGUUUUCUAUCUGCUGCAUAUAUCUGGGUGAUGCUUGGCUUUCUUGUCACAUAUUCAUGGGCUUCAGGCAUUGUGUUCAUCGCUGUUCUUAACGAUCUAACACAGAGGUUCGGUUCAUUUGUUGGUAUGGUAUGGCAUGGAUCAAAAUUGGGGUUCAAGAGGCUUUCUGGGUUUAUCUUGAUGAGAUGGGCAGUGCGAGAUGCACUAACCCAGCUCCUUGGAUUAUGGUAUUUUGGUGAAAUUGAAGAUCAAUAUUCAUUUUUCAAGCUAUUUGUUCGGUUGAAGUUGAUGCCAUUUUCCAUAAUGUCACCAUGGAUUCGUGGGUAUGAGAAAGAGAUCUCUGGGUUUCUGUUUGCUUGGUUUUUGCUAGAUACUCUUGUUGCAUUCAUCUUUGCAGUGGAUGCAUGGGUUGUGAUUGUGGAUACAAGGCGGAGUGGUAGAGAGAUCUUGACAGAAGGUUGUUAUUUGAUACUCACAAUGCUAAACCAAGCUAUUCAAAUCAAGUGCUUGGAAGCCAUUUGUUGUGGGUCUUUCAUGAGAUGGGCACUUGCAAGAGUUUGUGGGAAACAUGUUGCCAUGUUUUUUCAGUCAGUGGGAGAGGUGUAUUUCAUGGUGGUUUGGCUAAUCUUCUACUUUGCUGCUAGGUGUAGGGAUGCCAAAGUGCAGGGACAGAGGUUUGGGCGUAGAGAGCUGGAGGGCUUGAUCGAGGGGGUUAGAUAA